GUAAACAACACAAGCGCCUGUAUCGUCAGCUGCUCGCACGUGUGGAGCUGGCUGUAAAAAACGAUAUUGUAGACGUUGCGGAGGUAAUUAUUCCAACAAUGUCCUCAGUUGAGUCUUUGAGAGAGUUUGUCACCGAGCGACUCACUGCCGCUGCUCAAGAAAUAUUCGGAGUCUUUGAAAAAACUAUCUUCCAGUACGAGGAAGAGGUCGACCGUCAGCGCAGACUGCUGGAUGUCGUUUGGAAACCUGCAAUAAAGCUACACAGGAUAGAGCUCCCAAAGCAACAUGUCUGUGAGGAGGAGGAGGUUCUCUCUGACCAGCAGCUCUGUGUUCAGGAGAGGAACUCCAGUCUGGACCAAGAGGACCCAGAGCCUCCACAGGUUAAAGAGGAACAGGAGGAACCCUGCACCAGUCAGGAGGGAGAGCAGCUUGAACUGAAGCAGGAGACUGAGACCUUUGUGUUGACUCCUAGUGAUGAGGAAAGUGACCACAGUAAAGAUCAGACUCUGAACAUGAGUAACGAUGAAAAUCAGAGUAUGGUGGAAGAAACACCUCUAGGCUACACUUCAGUUGAAAGCUCUGUAGUACCGGAACCAAACGAGGACCACCAGCUCCUCUCACACAACUCUCAUGCAGAUAAAAGCCAAGAUCAGAAAGGAGGCGAGCAUGGAUCCUCUGAAUCCACUAGUAAUGCAGAGCCAAAACCGUUACUCCAGUGUGACACAUGUGGGAAAGAAUUCAAGUUUAAGUCUAUUUUUUACAGACAUCUGAGAACACACACAGGUGAGAAGCCACAUUCUUGCAAAACAUGUGGAAACAGUUUUCAAUGUAAUAGUCACUUGGUCGUCCACAUGAGAACACACACAGGUGAGAAGCCACAUUCUUGCAACGUAUGUGGGAAAGGUUUCAUGACGAAAUCCGCAUUGAAACUUCAUAUGAUGAUCCAUACAGGUGAGAAGCCACAUUCUUGCAACGUAUGUGGGAAACGAUUCAAUGAGAAAUCAAAAUUGAAACCUCAUAUGAUGAUCCAUACUGGUGAGAAGCCACAUUCUUGCAACGUAUGUGGGAAACGAUUCAUUCAGAAAUCAGCAUUGAAACUUCAUUUGGCGAUCCACACAGGUGAGAAGCCACAUUCUUGCAAAACAUGUGGAAACACUUUUCGAUGGAAUAGUCAGUUGGUGGUCCACAUGAGAACACACACAGGUGAGAACAUGAAGCCACAUUCUUGCAAAACAUGUGGAAACAGUUUUCAAUGUAAUAGUCACUUGGUCGUCCACAUGAGAACACACACAGGUGAGAAGCCACAUUCUUGCAACGUAUGUGGGAAAGGUUUCAUGACGAAAUCCGCAUUGAAACUUCAUAUGAUGAUCCAUACUGGUGAGAAGCCACAUUCUUGCAACGUAUGUGGGAAACGAUUCAUUCAGAAAUCAGCAUUGAAACUUCAUUUGGCGAUCCACACAGGUGAGAAGCCACAUUCUUGCAAAACAUGAGGAAACACUUUUCGAUGGAAUAGUCAGUUGGUGGUCCACAUGAGAACACACACAGGUGAGAACAUGAAGCCACAUUCUUGCAAAACAUGUGGAAACAGUUUUCAAUGUAAUAGUCACUUGGUCGUCCACAUGAGAACACACACAGGUGAGAAGCCACAUUCUUGCAACGUAUGUGGGAAAGGUUUCAUGACGAAUUCCGCAUUGAAACUUCAUAUGAUGAUCCAUACUGGUGAGAAGCCACAUUCUUGCAACGUAUGUGGGAAACGAUUCAAUGAGAAAUCAAAAUUGAAACUUCAUAUGAUGAUCCACACAGGUGAGAAGCCACAUUCUUGCAACGUAUGUGGGAAAUGUUUUACCCGUAAUAGUGCCUUAUUGCGUCACACGAGAAACGUCCACACCGUGGAGAAGCCGUUCAUUUGAAAAAUAUAUGGGAGACAAUUCAGUUCCUGAGUUGAUGGUUCCUAAAAAUGUUUGACCAAUUAUAUUUUUCUUUUGGUUUUAGGAUUUGUAUAUUCUCUAGUAAUAUGAGUGGAUUGUGAACGUUGUUGUUAGCGAGAGAAACCCUCUCUCUGUAUUGUCAUCUUUUCUUUUUUUGUCUACAAAGUAUCAUUUAUUUUAAAUUUUUAUGUAUUUUGUAAUCGUAUGAACUUGAUGAAAUUAUAGUUGUUUUUGAUUUUAAAGGUGGCACACAAACAAAUAUUCUAGAUGGAGUGCUACAUGGUGCUGUCACAAAUCAACCAAAGCAAUAGUAAUGAAAAGUGAAUAAAUUGUAAAGAUCAGUGCUCAAAGGGAAGUGAGCAAUAAAACUGUCUUUUUUGAUCUCAUGUAUGUAUUCUAACAACAAAGCUUCAUGAGGUGAUGAGGUAAGAAUACCAGAUUCACACUGAGGUCCAAAGCUUUAAGUAUAUUCCGUCAUCAAAGCUGCAGAUGUGUUUCACUCACAUCAAGUCGUUGUGAAGAAUUGUUCUUUUACGAGUCUUAAGUUAUACCGCGCAAGAGGUGUUUUAAUGUUGCAAAUCACCGGCUUUAGAUGGUUCAUUUUUGAUUUAAUACCGUAGCUGAUGCAUAUCAAUAGUUUGAGCAGUGGAGCUGCCUCGAGUUGAACAAGCUGUGGUGGAAUGUAACUGCAUGUACGCAAAUGCUGUAUUGAUGAACCUGGAAGCAUUACACUGCUAUUAUUUUUCUACUAAUGGCCAUUAAACUCUGAAACCACUCUGUACGCACGCUUUACCCAACCUUAUAUUUUGUGUUCAAAAUGUAUGCAUAUUUUUUUUCUGUUCAGUGUUGACCUAUCUGGGCAUUUACUGGCAAAAUAAUAGCCUUUAGCUGAUAGGAAGUGGUUCAAACUGUGGUGGUACAGACUUAAAUAUUGCCGAUUUGUGCACUAGCAACUUUACAUUCUGUAACGAGGAGGAGGUUUACUUCUGUUGACUGCUACUUAUUAGGGUGUUGUACACUUCAAUUAAUCUUUGGCUGAUAGUCAUUUUUUUAAAUCCCAAAUGCCAACUGUUUUACAUAGGAUUGUAUCAAAGUAUUUUCUGACCCCUGGUGGCAGGAGCCAGUAUUGCACCUCCACAUCCUGAGUCAAAGUAAGUGAGUUGAAUAUUCUCAUUUUGCAGCUUUGACAUAGAGGAUUUAUCCUCUAUGGAGCUCUGAUCGUCAUCUUAUGUUGCUGUGAACACUAACAUAUCAAAGUGCAAAUUGCCAGAUAUCCUUGACAAAUGUUGCUAAAAAGC